AUGCAGUUGUGUGGCUGUUUGCUGAUCUCCUGCCUGCUCUCCAUCACUCUGCUUCACUGCAGCGACGCCUUCAGACUCCAACAGCAUCCUCAGGUCAGAUCCUACAAACAGCCCAGUAUUAUGGAGACAUGACUUAAGGCUAAAGUCCUAGUCCUGAUAUUUAUUAACCUAACCUUCCUGGGUUUAUUGGUGAUCAUGGUCUUUAAUAAUCCAUAGAUGAGAUCUUUUCACUCCAGUCCACCCUAGAGGAAGAAACAUUUUAGACUUCUGACAGUAAAUUCAUGCACACAUUGUCUUAGAGUAACACUGACUGCUUCCUUGUUAGUUCAUAGACUUUGCACAGGUGCAUUAGGGGAUUUGCAGUUUUAUAGAUGUAAAGUUCUGACCUGCGGCAUGUUUCAGAGUUACUUCAGGACAGCUCCUUCAGGGAUCCAAGAUGAUGCUCCUGAAAUGCACCCCGGUGGUGGUGACCACAGAGACGGUCAGACAGACGAAAAUUACUGAUGUGAGGAGCAAAUGCGGCAUCAAAUCUCUCUGAUUCAGAAAAAAGAUACACAAAACGCAAAAUGCACAGAAACAAUUUUACUGUCAUAAAGCUUAAAAUCUGUUACAGACAAACUGAAUGAAAACUGUUUAAAGAGGGUUAUAUAGGCUACCAUAAAUGUUGAUAAGAAACCUGAGGGGGUAUUUUUUUUAAAUAAAUCUUUGAAUAUUAGUUUUUUUUAAGUGUCUCAUCAUCUCUCAGAAGGAUGCUACAGCUAGCUCACUUGCAGUUGCUGCUUCAUCUCAUCCCUCCCAUAAAGUGUGAUGGUCAGCUUGAAGGACUUCUCACAUUAUUUCCAUUCACUUUUUUUUUUUUCUUAUCAGGACAUCAAAGUUUCAGCUCUCUUUUUUUAAACAGUUAUCAUUAAUGUAGGUACAAUGUGACAGCCCUGAAGACCAAAACCUUACUAAGAUCUGAGUUUCUGCAGUUACCAGCCAGUGUCCAGGAGAGGACUUCUACUUUGAGAUAUUUUACCUGCUUUGAGUAAAGAGUUAAUGGACUCACUUUUGUCCCUUUAUUAAGAUCCCGGCUGUAGAGCUGGACCUCUGUCUGAACUAUCUGCUGCUUCACUCUGUUGUAAGACCUGAGGACCCACUCUUUCUCUGGGCUUUGGCCAAACCUUUUGCAGCACCUGUUGUCCCCUCCUGACGCAGCAGAAUCAGGAUCAGACAGAGCCGCGGCAGAUCAGAUUGUUUCCUAUCAAAUCAUCCCGAGGGCCAAAACAAGCAGCCCCUCCCUCUGCAGGCCCCUGAGCUGAUAUCAGGUGGUGUGACAUCAGAGCGAGCUGUGAUGGGGAGAGCGGCCUGAAGCUGUUUAGUGUUUAGUCUGGACGAAACCUGAUCGUGUGACUGGUCAGAAGCGGCGGGCGGGCAGGAAGUGAGAGACCGCUCGCCGUCAGGGUCAUGAUGUCAGAGAGGAUUCACAACAUGGAGUCUUGACGUCUGAAAACAGCAGACGGGGUGGAGACGGGGAGCAGGGUGGCCUCUCUGUGCUGAGGUCAAUAUUUUCCAUACGGAGACUCCCUUAUAGAAAAUAAAACCAGGAGGAGGAGGAGGAGCCGUGUUGGUCCAACAGGAGAGUCUUCUGACAGUGACUCCAAAUGAGCUCUAUUAGGCCCAGUCUGUAUCCUCAGGGUCUCUCUGGUUUUAAACUGGUCCUCUCCUGGAUUAGUCUAUGUAUCUGGUCCAUGAAGCUUCUUUGGCCUGCAGCUUCAGGGCUGAAUAGAAUAGAAUAGAAUAGAAUAUUCCUCUAUUGAUCCCCCGUGGGGAAAAAUUUUUUGUCACAGCAGCAUCACAGACAAAGUGCAAAAAUGCAGUUAUAAAAAUAAAGAUCGUAUAUUAAGAACUUAAACAAAUGUUCUAAUUAAGAAAAAAAAUAGAACGGGAAAAAGGGAGAAGAAAAAAUAAAACUAUAAACAAUAUACACAAUUUAAGUACCAGAAAAAAAGUGGUGGUGUGAGUCCAGUUUUAUUGCAGUUCGUUGUAAAGUCUUAUUGCAGAAGGGAGGAAUGACCUGCGGUAGUGCUCCGUCUUGCAAAGUGGGAGUCUCAGUCUGCUGCUGAAGGAGCUGCUUAAGGCCCCCACAGUCUGGUGCAGUGGGUGAUAGGGACUGUCCAUGAUCGAUUCAUCCUAUCCACUUACAACUGGAGUUUUUGUCCCUGAUUGGCUCUGGUUGUUUUCCUGAGAGUCUGAAGCAUCAAGAGAAGAUCCUGAAGACAGGGAGCUUUGUGUUCAUGAGGAAGAGGAUUUUUAAGCCACAAUCAGCUGAUCAGUCCUUCUCUGCAAACACUAGACUAGUCAUUUUAGUCAUCUUAAUCCACCUCCACCUCAGUCUGUUUAGGGACUUGGGACUUAGAGGUACUAAUCUUUACAUUUCAGACUUUUUUUCUCACGAUUUUGGACUUAUUUAUUUAUUUAUUUAUUUCAAACUGUAUUUUCAUAAUUUAUUGAAAUCAUUCUUGUUAACUUCUGACUUUAUUCUUUUAAAUUGACAGCUUUAAUCUCACAAAUGCUGACUUUUUUCUUAUAAAUGUUUAAAGUCUGAUCAGUGACUUAUUGACUUAUUUCACAUAUAUUUUAUUUUUUUUAAUUCAGUAACUGUGGGAUUUUAAUUAGAUUAAAAUCAUUUUUUUCUAAUAAUUAACUCUCAAAAUAUUAAUCUCUGUCCAUGUAAAUGGAAAACUUGAAUCUCUUGAAUUUCUGGCUUAACUCUCAAUACUGUAUUUUGAAUCUUAUUUUAAAUCUUAUUUACUAUUAAUUAAACUCUCAUAAAUUUCAGACUGGUCUCAUAAAUUUGAAGCUUUAAUAUAAAGCUUUAAUUCUAUAGAUUUGUUUUAUUUACUCUCAUAAUUUAAAAAAAAAUUACCUUUAAUUUCUGCCAGCUGUGACUAAUUUUGUAAGUUUCUGGCUUCAUCCUCAUAAAUUUGACAUAAAUCUGUUAUGUUUGUUAUUGAACUGUAUAUUGAACUUCAGACUUCUACAUUUGUGACUCAAUUCUCCUGAAUUUACAACUUAAUUCUUUAAGUUAAUGACUCAAAUCUUGUAAUUUUUCCAGUUUUAUUCUCAUAAAUUUAGCACUUUAUUUUCAUGUUGUAGACUAAAUUUUCAGACCUUUUCCAAUUAAAGGCAUGAUUGACGAUCUGAGAAGCAGUAAAAAAAAACUGAACCAUUGAGGCAAAUUUGAAAAAAGAACAUCCCACCCCCCACACACAAACCUCUCCCCUCUGUGCUCCAUGAUAACUUCCCCCUGAACCUGUAUCGCCCUCCCCACAGCACAUCCCAUCUGGUAGAGCAAGAAACCUGUCGGCAGAAGGUCCUACGCUAGCUUCAAAUAGGAUUCACCAUGUCGGAUUGCUGGUGACUAGCGGCAGUAAACGCCAGCUCUGCUAGCAAGCACCGUUUGCAGCUGCCUGGACAGCUGCCGUGUUGACAUUGCAGAGACUAAUAAGAGUUAUUGAUGUAACAUGUGCCACGAUAAAAGGCAAAAAUGACCUGUUCAACAAAAACUGCUGUCUCUGUGUCUGUUAUAAGGCCCAAAUCCUGGGGGAGCUUUCUCACUUGAAGGAUGGCCCGAUGUUUAUUCGAGUUAGAUUCCUCACUUGGUCACAUUUCCUCUUCGUCUCUGCCCUUUCUUGUGUCGGCUUGUGUUUUCUUAGCACUUUUGGCGGUGGGGCAAGCAGAACAGUUUUUUUUUUUUUUUUUUUGCGUCCCUCUCUUUCACAGCUCCUGUAGCUAAGCUGCUACGCUACUCUUAGCCGCUCAGAGUUCCGAAGGGGGGCUCUCUAAUCGUCAACCAUGCCUUUAUGUUGAAAUGUUGUUAAUAUUUGACUCUGUUUUAUAAAUGUUGGACUUUAUUUUUAUAUCUACACUUAAAAUUCAGUACAUUUCUGACUUGUCUUGUAUUUUCACAACUAAAAUCUCAAAAACUUUUAACUUCAUUUUCAUAAAUUUUAUUAUAUAUAAUAUAAAUUUAAAACUGGUUUCUUGACAGUGUUGCACUCUAUUUUUGUCUGUGACUUUAAUUUUGUUCAAUUCUGAGUUUAUUCUUUGAAAUUUGUGACUCUGUUCUCAUGUAGUCAUCUGGUGUUAAGAGGAAUCAUCAGCUGAUUCUGCUGAACCAAACAGAUCCCUUUCUAACUUUUUUAUAAUUUUUUUCUGGGAAAAAAAAAAACAGGAUAUUUAAGUGGACUCUCUUUAGUUGGGUCCAGGUGUCCCAGGCUUCAUCCUGUAGCCUUAACAACCAGUUUCAUGGCUAUAAGGACGAAGAAAUCUGCUUGACUGAUGAAUUCGCCCUUAAAUAUUAAGGCCCAUCCUCCAUCUGUCCUAUUUCUGUGUCUCAGCAUGUAGACCGGCUCUUGUCCAGGUCUCCGGCAGCUUUUCGGCCUCGUUCCAGAGGAGUAAAGGCUGGGGAGGAGCUAACAGCGAAGCUGCUCCGACUGGAUGACCUGGUGAGGAUGGAGAAUGAUGUCAUGGAGCCAAAGAGGAAGAGGAGUUUCCCUGGGAACAACGCCCCGUUGGACCGCCUGUCAGUGAGCUCCAUGGAAACCAAACAGGCAACAAACAAGCAGAGGUGGGACAACAAACAGACUGGGGGGACUAAUACUAAUGAUGAACAUGGAAUAAACGGCAGUUUAACAGUAGGCUAUGAAUAAACAGAAAAGACGAGCUUUGGUUAAAACAGUGGGGCUCAAAAUACAAAGUGUUCAAUCAUCUCUCAGAGGGCUGCUUCAGCUAGUUAGCAGACUGUUUGCUGCUUCUUCUUCAUCUGUCCUCUGUGUUAUGAUGUGUUGCAACCAACCCAUUGUUGAGCCGCUGUAUUAUCAUUUCUUUAUUCUUAGUAAACUACCAAUAUUAAAUUAUUUAAAAGUCAGUUAUUGUUGAUACCUGUAUACUGAGACAGUCCUGCUGUUAAAGGGAUAUUCUGGUGUAAAAUUAAAUUAGGGUUGGACACACCGUUACACCAAGUUAGACACCCUCUUGAGAGAUAAUUGUUGCAGACUGCUUGCUUCUCUAGUUAUACCAACUUUAGUAAUGACUGCAUGAUAGCAGAGCCACGUGCACAUCUCAACCAAAAAGCCACUCUAUAGCCACAAAAAAAAACUCAGAACAGCACUUAACUUCGUUAAUAUUUUAAGCUUUGCCUGAUUUCUUUAGCAAAGAGACUACACAACUCACCCACUCUCUUCCAGCAGCCACUUGUUUUAGGAAAUUAGGCAAAGCUAAAAAAUUUGAUGGCUAGUCCUAUGGCUGGGACCCUAUAUGUACUGUUGAUGAAGUUAGGUGCUGUUCUGAGCAUUAUUUGUGACUACAGAGUGGCUUUUUGGUUCAGGUGUGCAUGUGGCACACCGUAAACCGCUGUGUAUUGCUAUCGUGUGGUUGUAACUUAAGUUGGUAAAACUAGAGAAGCAAGCAGACUGCAACAUUUAUCUCUCGAGGGGGUGUCUAACUCGUUGUUACGGUGUGUUUGACCCUAACUUAAUUUUAUGCCAGAAUAUCUUCUCAUUUUCUAUCUCUGUUUGCAGUAAAGUUGUUGAGUUGCCACGACGACGAGCCAACCCCCCUCCCAUCGACAGGAUUGGGAUGAGUCGUCUACCAAACAGCCGAGGAUAG